ACGGGAGUGAUAGAUAUCUUCGAGAGGAACUAUCCAUAUCAUAUUCUACCAGCUUCGCCACCACAUUUUAUCCAUCGUCUACAUCUGACUAUGCAUAUGCCCAAAAAACCCUCCAGCACGAUUCAGAAUUUAGCAUUGCAUGCAUUAGAGAUGAAUCAAUAUGAGUCAUUAUGAAUCGUUCCCUGAUGCCUUUCUGAGUCUAAACCAAAAGGAGAGAUGGCUGAUGUGCAUUAUAAAUGUAUCACUAGACUGUAAUCUCAUCUAAAAAUUACCUACCAUGGAGGCAAUCAGUAAAAUUCGUCUCUUCCCAUCAUCUCGUCCAUCACGGCCCAUUUCAACUCCGCUUUCCAUCCUCGAUGCCACUGUUGCUCGGUUCUCCGCCACGGGUGCGAUAUGGCUCUUCGAUCACAUCCCUGACGGAAUUUACGAACAUGAUUUUCUCGACCGUCUGCGUUCGUCAUUGGUGAAUGUCCUCAGCGACUUUCCGCACUGGUCUGGCCAGUUGCAAUGGGCACCGGUGCGACAAGGGGAAUCGCACAUCGAACGCUCCAACCGGCUCAUCAUCGUUUAUGGUAGUGAAACUGAUCCCGGCGUCGAAUGGAGCGUUGUCCGACAUGUCUCUGUGUCGGUGCAGUUGUUGGUGCCAAACGCUCCAGAACGCGCAUCCGGCGAUGGACUUUGGACGGGAGAUGAAUUCACGCAGGAACUGUUCCUGUCUGAUACAUUGCUGCCAUUGCACGAUCUACGCGAGUUUGAAUGUCUCCCCGCCAUGCAGGUCCAGCUCAACCUGUUCAAUGACGGUGGAUACGGCAUUGGCAUCAAAAUGGCACACCCCCUAGCUGAUGCACAGACGUUAAUGGUGUUUGUCCAUCACUGGGCGGCGAAAUGUCGCGAAUCAUUCCAUUCCAUCAAUAUGCCUUCUCUAAUGAGUGCUCCCGUCUUCAAUCCAACACUCCUAGACACAUGUGCUGCAGGAGACAUCGAUGGACCAGCAGCCAAUCCUAUGUGCGUCUCCAUGGCGCGUCAGCUCCCUCUACACCGGUUUGACUGGUGGUGUGUUGACGACCCCGGGUAUCCGCCGUUUUUGAUCCCAACGACAGAAAAUUCCAAGCCGCCACCGGAGGUUCUCGCCCAGGUCGAAUUAUCGCCUUCUACCUCCAGUCCUUGGACGACAUGGGACUUUUCACGCCCGGUACGGUACACGCAGCUGCACUAUCCAGGACCCGAACUCAGUCUACUUAAGGAACAGGCCCGCACAGAUGGUCGUCCGGACGUAUCCCGGCUUGACGUGUUGCUGGCUCAUAUCUGGGCAGCGGUCAACCGGGCUCGAGGCCAUGGCGAUUCGUCUGACAAGGUUUUUCUUAACCUCACGCUGGGAGCACGAAGCCGCGUAUCGCCCCCGUUGUCCGAUUCCUUCAUCGGGUCGCCGCUGUUCCUCACGCAUAUCCAAACAUCAGGAACUGCCGCCUGUUCUUCAAGCGUGGGCAGAACAGCGAGCCAAAUCAGGCAGACAAUGCUGCGUUUCACACCUGAAGCAAUGGGCGCCAUGUUGCAUGAUGCCGCGCAUGAGGUCUCGCCCCAGCGAUUGUGGCAGGCAUUUUUGGGCACGCAGCAUACAUUGGUAACGUCUUGGUUGCGGCUCCAUGUGUACCAGGUGGACUUUGUGGGUUCUGGGCAAAAGCCACGAUAUGUGCACGCGGUGAUGCCUAAGAUGGAUGGUUGUCUUCAGGUGAUGGAUCCGGGGGUGGAUGAUGGGGGCAUCGAUAUCGCUUUGUAUCUGGAUGCAGGGGCGAUGAAAAGACUUCUAGUGGAUAGAAAGUUACAUCUUCAAUCAGAUUAGACUCAAGCAUGCUAUACAGAUGAUUUCGAAAUCAGUUUCCAUGUCAAAGACUUCGGAAUAAAUUCCAAACCCUACAUGCCAGGGGACGCUAAACCGUAUAUGACACGCAUAAAUUUAUGAUUGAAUGGGUAAUAUGUCAUGUAUGGUAAACGGCAAAUCCAACAACCAAUGCCACUUGUGAUUUUGCCACGUUCUUUAGACGACUAGAAGGAGGUAGACACGUGGUUUGAUAGGAUGAAAUGCUUUAUAUACCUUGUUCAUCCCGGGCCCUCCUUUUAGAAAGAGAUUAGAAUAUAAAGAAC